AGAAUAGAAAGAAUUUUAUUGUACUUUUGUAUGGCACUCUGUAGGCAGGACGUUGUACUGGCGUCAUUAAGGUCUUUGAUAAUAAGGUAGUCGCCUUUAGUCCAAAAUGGCGGAGGCGUGGCUCUGCUGCUAGCGUUCACUUCUUGUCAAAAACAGGUGGAGCCUAUGGGAGCAUCACAUACAGUGCACUGCCCUCUGCUGGACGGCAGCUGAAUCCUUCACCAGGCUCAAUAAUUUAAUCAAAGAAGAGGAUGCGUCUCGUGCAUUCUGGUCCCCACUCAUUAUGAUCACACCAUCGUGUUUCGCGUGAACAGCCCGCUCGCCCAUUUCAUUGGUGCCCGUCGGAGGCUGGGAUGGGCACAAUCCUUCAGGAGCGGAUGCCACAACAAUGUCUGGAGAGGCUCUCCAUCACAGAGAGGGAAUGGAAGAAAAAGGUGCAGUGGAGCAACAGCAGGCCUAAUGUGGCCAGCAAUAAAAUGGGUAGACGGCAGUCACAGAGGAAGUCACUGCAGCCACAGCACACGCGCCCAAGUCAAGAGAAUAAUCAUGAGAAAAGGGUGCAGCAAAGAAGAAAGCACAAGCCGAACACCACCUCGACCAAGUGCAAUAUUUCACAACACAGUGCUCAGGGAACCUCAGAGUCAAAGUCCCAUCCCUUGUGCCCUCCUGCAGAGGACAAGAUGAAGCAGAAGGUCCAGCAGGCUGCUCAGCGCUGCGGCCACCGAGAGCAGAAGCACAGAGGGAGCAGACGCACAGCAGCCUUUCCCCACCGCCGCCUGUGUGACUCCAGUCCUGAUCUGCUGGAGAGACGCUCACCAAACCAGGAGGCAGGAUGUCUGAGUGGCCAUGGAGAAGGCGACAGUGACACUGACUUGUCAGACUCAGAGAGACUUCCUGUGUUGCCCUCUGUUCAGGUUCCUCCACAGCUCGAGCUGCGGCCAGAGGUCAUCGAAGCUGAAGACUCUCCCUCUUGCAGCCGAAGACCCAGGAGACACGGCCAUGGUGGGUUUGACUUCCCAGACUUCCUGCCUCCACCUUUUAAUUCCUGGAGCCUCAGUCAGCUGGCUGUUUUCUAUAACAUGGAGGGCCGCGGGGCUCCUCGACCCAGGCCUGUGGGCCCUUUGGAAAGGUACUUGGAGAGGCUACUGCAGCUAGAGUGGCGCCAGAUCCAGACUGUCCAGGAGGAGAGUGGGAAGUCAGCUGUAUCAGAGGUUUUAUCCAGCUGCCACAGGUCACCUGCCGCUGCCUCGUCACGCCUCAGCUCUCCAAAGUGUAUCCUCCAGUGUCAGCGUGCCUUCCCCCUCACCUUCCUCUCUUCUCUGGCCAGUCACUCUGCCCUGCUCUCUGGCUGUGCCUGCACCCUGUGCCGGAUCCGCUACACCACCUGUGGCGUGUCCUGCUGCCGCUCCACCCACAGCCACACCCUUCAGUCAAGACUGAGCCCAAUGCUGGAGCGCAGGGGCCCCGUGUCGCUUCCUAAAAGGAGCUACAGUGAGAGCCGGGUGCACUCCUCAGACAGAGGCUCAGCAUACCGGGCUCCUAGGUUCAGCAGCCCCGUGAGGGCCAACAGCCACAUGAGACGGAUGCAAGCUCUGGGCAACAUUCGCAAUCCUGUUCAAGGUGCUAACACCAAGCCUCAUUCUGCCAGGGACUUGAGUGUCGGGGCUGGGAGGGACCAGCUGGGAACACGGGGGGAGGUUUUGGACUACAGGACAGGGGGGGUUAGGAAAAGGAGUGGCUCAGAGCAGAGAAAAAGUGCGGCAGAAAGACAAGAUGUAUCGGAGAGGCGCCGGAGUGGCUCUGAGUGUAGAAGAGGAGGGGGUGAGCGGAGGAGAGCAGCUGAGCUCAAGGAACGGGAGAUAAAACCAGAUGCUGUGACGGCAAUAAUGGACAAUUUACCAGGGUCCAAAUAUUCUCCUGUAAACAGACCAAACAGGCCAAAACAGGUCGACUUUGGUACAUAACAGCAACUUGAGUACUGUUAGUGUAACUGUAAGCCACAGCCACAAUCAUCAAACUAAAUAAUUCAUUAUGAAUGUAUAUUAUUAUGUUUUUCCUCACUCAAACGGGUUGACAAUAGGUGUAGCAGGUAUUUUUCAUGUAUUUUUCACUAGUGGAUGAUUGUUUUUUUCUUAUCUUAUUAUUGUCAUAUUAUCACGUUUAAUCCAAUGCUGUGAUUGCAGACAAAUAAGCUAAUGUUCCAGGCAGUGUAUGUCCUAAACAUGCACUAUUGAUCAUAGUUGUUAUGAGCAUGCAGAUAUUUAUAUAAAAAGUUAAGUUAACCCAGUAAGCCUAUGUAAAUAUUUGUAUGCAGGAGUUUUCAGCACUCUGCCAGUUUUACAAGUGAUGUGAAUAAAGAAGCCACUUCUGAUUUGGUCUGUCAGUAAAAUAACUGCUUAACAAAAGUUAAUAAAAGUUAUCAAACAAUU